AUAUUGAAAUGGACUGAGUUUCUAUAACAUCAGGAAAAGUGAACUCACAUCCAAACAUCACAGUUGCAAAAAUGACGUCUAUUCCUUAUCUUGUUCUGAUCAUGACUUGCCUUGCUGGCUUAUUUUGGGGUGCCAGUUGCGAAGGUGCUUAUUCCGGCAAUUUUCUAAUUGAGAACUGCAACUGGAGGAGACGACAUUUUCUUAACAACUUAGGUGCCAAAGUGAAUGUGUCUAUUGCAAGAUUUGCUGACCAUAAUCUUUCUACAUCACCUGGUGUGGAGAAACCUACGCUGAGGAGCUGUACUUUAAAGACACUGUUGUUUUGGAGUACAAUACUGGUCUACAUGGGGAAGGUGAUGGCUUCGACAUUGAAGUGAGCCGUGUGGGAAGGCCUUGCGGGAAUGUGCAAACUCUUGCAGUAACCAACAAGACUCGUCUUCUGUACUCCCCUCUAUAUCCAGACCCCUAUCCACAUAGACUUGACUGCUACUACAGACUACUUGGACCAGGGAAGAAUCUACGGAUCAGAUCCCUGAGCCAUGACAUUGAAUGGGAUGAAACAUGUGAUUAUGAUGUUCUCCAGAUAAACCAAAGGAAAUUCUGUGGUAGUGAAAUCAUCGAUGUUCUCGAGACUGCACAAAGCACGGAUACAAGUGUAACUUUCAGCACAGAUGGUUCUUAUGCUGGGGCGGGCUAUGUUUUGGAGUAUUUUAAUGAACAAGACUUAUCAGUUGUGUGUGAUGGGGACACGUCACUGAAUCCGAUCGAUUUACAAGGUGGUGAGAACUCGCACUUCAUUGAGUUGAAAAUCAAGCAAACAGGCAGAAGGUAA